AUGAAGUUUCAUGGCCAGAGAAUGGCGAGGGUAGCGCCAAAACACGAUGUGGGUUCAAACACAACUUCUGCACAAGUACCGGGUGAUGCACCACAAGAAGAAUCGGGAGGAGAAGUUGCAGUAGAAGCAGCUGGUGGAGAUGAGGCAGAAAGGAAAGAAGUUGCAGCACACCAAGACACCGUGCAGCAUGCACCAUCUCCCAUUUACGAGAGGCCAUCGCAGUCAUCGUCUUUUUCAGAUGGCAGCUUUGCUGCAUUAGAUUGGAAGGAGGAAUGCACCGUGCAGGAGAUUCCCAAACAGCCUCCACUUUCUGACGCUGCAGAGAAAAUAGAAGACCGCCAGCGUGGAGACAAAGCGCCUGCUGCCGAGGCUGACAACAGAACUGCAUUUCUUCCAGCUGCAGAGUUUAACGCCGCCGCCAGCACCACCACGACCAAUCAUAAUGCGAGCCAUCUGAACGGAGAGGACGACGAACCCUCCACAGAAGAAGUGGAGAAGAAGAAUGCAACAACAAAACCGAAGGCACAUCAGCCGGCACAGUUACCCCCGCAGCCCACAGUGAGGGGUUCAAGAGGGACACCGCCACCGCCACUAACAAUAUAA